GAUUGCCUAUUUGCCAGUCAUCAGUUUGUCAAGUUAUUCGGCGUAAAUAUUUUAGCAAGAAAAAGUCCUCUACAUCUUUUGAGUACCGUACUUAAAAUCUAAAAAAAAUAAUGAGUACUACGGAAUUCGUUCAAAUAAAAGAUUUAAAACCUGGCAUGAAGAACAUAAACGCUGUAUUUAUUGUAUUGGAAGUGGGUCCUCCUACUUUAACAAAGGAAGCGCGUGAAGUGCGCACUUUGCGAGUUGCGGAUGCUUCUGCUAUGGUCAACUUUUCAGUAUGGGACGAACCCGGAGCACUGUUGCAGCCUGGAGAUAUCGUUCGCCUCACUCGUGGCUAUGCGUCACUGUGGCGGUCUGCUCUUACUCUCUAUUCGGGAAAAUCUGGCGACAUACAAAAAGUAGGCGAGUUCUGCAUGAUAUUCAACGAACAAGUGAACAUGAGCGAACCUCAGCCGGCUGCGCCUGUGGCCGCCUCUACCGCACAGCCUGCUAACGAGCGUAACGGCAACGGGACAGGAACACACUCGGGACCUCGCUCACUUAUGCCAAACGCAGCGGCAUGUGGUCAGGGCGCUCAGCACAGCAACCAGAAGCAAGAAAGAUAUUCGGGAGCAUCACAAGAACAUCCUGGUAAACACACGCACAAGACAUAUGUGAGGGGUAGAGGGCAUCAGCGGGGCAACAGUCGGAGAUAGCAAUUAAAUUGAACAGUGUUGUCAUCAAUAUAUCCCUCUCUAAGUUUUGCUUAAUUUUGAAUUAAUUAACAUUUUAUUCUAUUAAAAUGUAUUACUAUCUGCAUUGUAAUGGUUUCAGUCAGUCAUUGCUUCCUCAAUCCAUGCAAUACAUUACUGUUUUUUAACUUUGAACUGUCCGAAGACAAGCAUUCAUGUAAUAUGUUUUGCCAGAGAAUAACACCAUGUUUAGUGAAUUUUGGAGCACUUGGCUGCCGCCACUGUGCUGUGACAUUAACCAUUUAAAUGAUUUUUGUUAAAAUAAUUUAAGAUGUAUGCAGCACUCCAACUAUAUAGGCAAUGCUUUUACUCUAAAAUAAAUGGAAUAAAAUGGAAAACUCAACAUAGAUACAAAAAUUAAUGGCAUAUUAUGUACAUGAACAUAUCUUAUUGGUUUUAUAAUCUUCUAGCAGAUGGUGUUAGAAAUACAGUAUGCUAUAAAAUUGUCAUUAAAUA